UUUAUGAUGUGUAGUAGUCAAAAAUGCGGCAAACUGUAUUUUAUCUCUUUUUUACCACUCUCUUUGCAUUAUUUUAUAAGAAAGUUAAGUGAAGAUAUAGUUCUAUUAAAGUGAUUUUAAAUAAAGUUCAAUCAUGGAAAAAGUGCCAGAUAUACCAACUAACAUUAAUUUAGAUGAUCCAAGGUUUCGUAUUAGACCAUAUCAACAAAUUAUAGCUUCUUGUACAGGUGCACUUAUAACUUCUAUAUUUGUUACCCCAUUAGAUGUUGUUAAAACACGUUUACAAGCUCAACAGAAAGCUACGAUUUCUAACAAAUGUUUCCUAUAUUGCAAUGGAUUAAUGGAUCAUUUAUGUCAAUGCAUUAAUGGAAAAAGUCCUAAUGAAAAAUUUACCGGCACUGUGGAUGCUUUUAUAAAAAUAACUAAAAGAGAAGGAAUUACUUCUUUAUGGAGUGGUUUGAGUCCAACUCUUGUAUUAGCAGUACCUGCAACCGUAGUAUAUUUUGUAUCAUACGAGCAAUUGAAGAUGUAUUUUAAAGAUAAAUAUAAUAGAAAUUUGAAACAAAAUGUAAGUAAUGCAGAACAGCCUUUUUGGAUCCCUAUGUUAGCUGGAGGCACAGCACGCAUUUGGGCAGCAGCUUUAGUUAGUCCAUUAGAAUUAAUCAGAACUAAAAUGCAAUCGCAGAAAUUAAGCUAUGCAGAAAUGACUGAAGCAUUAAAAAUACUUAUUAGACACAGUGGUGUUUCUGGUUUAUGGAUGGGAUUAGGAUCAACGCUUUUCCGAGAUGUACCUUUUAGUGCUAUUUAUUGGUUUCAUUAUGAAACUAUAAAACGAAUAUUCCGAGAUUCACCACAAACUUUUACUUUUAAUCUUGCUGCAGGAGCAACGGCAGGAUCUAUAGCUGCAUUAUUCACUCUACCAUUUGAUGUAGUAAAAACACACAGACAAAUAGAAAUGGGUGAGAAGGAAAUAUAUUCAGAUAAACCUAGUCGUAGUAGAAGUACUACAAUGACUGUAAUAAAAAGAAUUUAUAAUCAGAAUGGUAUAAAAGGUUUGUAUACCGGUUUAAUUCCACGUUUAGUAAAAGUUGCACCAGCUUGUGCUAUAAUGAUUGCAACUUUUGAACAUGCAAAACUAUUUUUCCAAAUACAUAACGCUAACAAAGUACUUGAAUUUAAGCAUGAUGUAUAUUUAAUACAGAAUGAACGUAAUAGUACCAAAUAACAUAUGUAAUAUCGGUUAUGAUACUAAAUUGUACAUAUAUAACUUAAGUUAAAAUUAUUGUUUACUAUUGAUAUUCUAUAUUUACUGAAUAUACUAAUGUUUGGAAAUAUAGAAAUCUAAAACAGUA